AUGUUUUCAGUCGGGGUCAGGUCCGGACUGCAGGCAGACACUCGUAAUGUAAAUUGCCAGACAGUCGAGUCCUCCCUCAUCCCCUGUGAUGCCUGUGCUCAGGUCCAGUCCAGUUUGAGGGAAACCGGUGAUGCUCUAGUCAAGCUUUGCCGGAGCGAGGGCAUUCCCUGCUCUCUUCAACGCCUCCUGGUGGCUGUGGAUGAAACUCUGGAGCGGGGCUGGCUGACUGCAGGGGAUGUGGCCCAGUGGUCGGCAGAGCAGUGCAGGGAUAUGGGUCGGUUGGGAAAGCAUCUGCUGGAGGUGCGGUCCACAGUUCGGCCUCUCAGGGAGAGCCUUCAGGCAGCAGAAGGGGAACGGGAGGAGUUCAGGGCUCAGCUCAGAAGAGCACAGGAGGAACUCAAGUGUGAAAGGGCAACUCACCAAACCAGCAGACAACAGCUGGAGAAAAGAUUGCAGGAGGCUGAGGCCUCCAGGGAGGAGACAGAGAGGAGACUGCAGGAAGAAAAGGAGGAGUUAAGGAGAGGCACUUUGUCCCUGGAGGUUAGCAUCUCUAAACUGAAGACAGAGAUACGUUUUCAACAAGAAAGGUUGCACAAACUUGAGUCCGAGAGAGAUGAGCUACAUCAUGAAGUGAAGGGCUUGCAGGUAGAGGCAGAUGCCCGGCUCAAACUAGAGGAGAAGACACAAAUGCUGGAAGCUCAACUCUGCGCUACUCAACUCUUACUUGACAAGGAGAACUCCAAGUACCAGAAUGCCUGUCGCCAACAGGAGUCACUGCAGGCCAAGCAGAUGUCUCUGUUGGAGCGACUGGAUGCCCUGGACCAGGAGUGUGAGGAGCUACAGGGACAGUUGGAGGAGAGCGAGGGCAGGCAGACAGAAUUACAGGAUAGACUGACUCACAUCUCAGAGGAGAAAGAAAAACUACAAACCCAGCUAACCCAAGAACAGGCCUCGUGUUCUGAGUUACAGCAGGAGAAGCAGAGACUGGAGAGUCAUGUGAUGGAGCUGAAAACCAGUGUGGAUCAGCUGACAGGAGAGGUACAGGAAUUAGCCCAGAGGGAGAGGCUUCUAGUGGCAUUCCCAGAACUCAACCCCCUGCCUCUGGGACCUCCACAGAGCACAGGGGAUGUGUUGGGGGACAUGGAGCAACAAUUGCAGGCUAAUUGUGUUCGGAUUAGGGUCCUGGAGCAGGAGAACAGCACCCUGCGCAACAGCCUGAUGAAACUAAGGAAUAUUGCCCAGCUAGUGUCCCCCAAUGUGGGGUCUGGGACAACCUCUCCCAGCAGCUGUGGUUUCUCCCAGCCCCUGCAUGACACGCCCGGAGACGGACGGUUAAGUCGCAGCUCUGACGUACAUCACAGCGUCCUCCAGAGCUCCCGGGCAGGAGUUUCCUCCCUCCCUGCCUGUACACCUCCGGUGCAUCGGCAGACUCCCUGGCUCUCCCCAGACACCAGCGCAGUCAGAACCCAUGAAAAGAUACGCCAGGCACCCCGACCCCGCUCCUUGGGCAUGCACCAGGGGAAGAAGUGAGUCCUGUACUGGAUGGUUAGCUUCAUCGUAUUAUGUUUUGGAGCGGAACAAGGCUGAGAAAUGCUGAGGUGAAGGCUAAAAGAGGCUGUUGUUUGAAGUGUAUUUCAGGCGUCUCUAAAUAGAGACUGCGGUAAAUCACUGCAUUUCUGUUCUCACACAUACAGUAGUUCUUUGUCUAUGAGCUGGGGCAGACAGAAUAUUUGGGCAUAAAAAUAAACAGGAACACUAUGGAGUUCAGAAACGUCAAGCAACUUUGAGCUGCCUUGAAGUUGCUUUUUAACUGAAAAUGUAUUUGUAAUCAGAUAAUUAAAGAGCUUUUUUUUCUUUCUUCUAAUGUUGUGUCAGUCACU